AUGGUUCAAUCAUCUGUCUUAGGUUUCCCACGUAUCGGUGCCUUUAGAGAAUUAAAGAAGACCACCGAGGCCUACUGGUCUGGUAAGGUCGGAAAAGACGAGCUUUUCAAAGUCGGAAAGGAGAUCAGAGAGAACAACUGGAAGCUGCAAAAGGCUGCUGGUGUCGAUGUCAUUGCUUCCAACGACUUCUCCUACUACGACCAAGUUCUUGACCUGUCUCUUCUGUUUAACGCUAUUCCAGAGAGAUACACUAAGUACGAGUUGGACCCAAUUGACACCCUAUUCGCCAUGGGUAGAGGUUUACAAAGAAAGGCCACCGACUCCGAGAAGGCUGUUGAUGUCACCGCUUUGGAGAUGGUUAAAUGGUUUGAUUCUAACUACCACUACGUCAGACCCACUUUCUCUCACUCCACUGAGUUCAAGCUGAAUGGUCAAAAGCCAGUUGACGAGUACUUAGAGGCCAAGAAACUUGGAAUUGAGACUAGACCAGUUGUUGUUGGUCCAGUUUCUUACCUGUUCUUGGGUAAGGCUGACAAAGACUCUCUUGACUUGGAGCCAAUCUCUCUUUUGGAGAAGAUUUUGCCUGUCUACGCUGAACUACUGGCCAAGCUGUCCGCUGCUGGUGCCACUUCCGUGCAAAUCGAUGAGCCAAUCCUGGUUUUAGAUCUCCCAGAGAAGGUUCAAGCUGCUUUCAAGACUGCUUAUGAAUACCUUGCCAAUGCUAAGAACAUUCCAAAGUUGGUUGUUGCCUCCUACUUCGGUGAUGUCAGACCAAACUUGGCUUCUAUCAAGGGUUUACCAGUCCACGGUUUCCACUUUGACUUUGUCAGAGCUCCAGAGCAAUUCGACGAAGUUGUUGCCGCAUUGACAGCUGAGCAAGUUUUGUCCGUCGGUAUCAUUGACGGUAGAAACAUCUGGAAAGCUGAUUUCUCCGAGGCUGUUGCUUUCGUUGAAAAGGCUAUUGCUGCUUUGGGUAAGGACAGAGUUAUUGUUGCCACCUCUUCCUCUUUGUUGCACACACCAGUUGACUUGACCAACGAAAAGAAGCUGGACUCCGAGAUCAAGAACUGGUUUUCGUUUGCUACCCAAAAGUUGGAUGAGGUUGUUGUCGUCGCCAAGGCUGUAUCUGGUGAGGAUGUCAAGGAGGCUUUGUCUGUAAAUGCCGCUGCCAUCAAGUCUAGAAAGGACUCUGCUAUCACUAACGAUGCUGAUGUUCAAAAGAAGGUUGACUCCAUCAAUGAGAAGUUAUCUUCCAGAGCUGCUGCUUUCCCUGAAAGAUUGGCUGCUCAAAAGGGCAAGUUCAACUUGCCUUUGUUCCCAACCACCACCAUUGGUUCUUUCCCACAGACUAAGGAUAUCAGAAUCAACAGAAACAAGUUCACCAAGGGUGAAAUCACUGCUGAGCAAUAUGACACUUUCAUCAAAUCUGAGAUUGAGAAAGUCGUCAGAUUCCAGGAGGAGAUUGGUUUGGAUGUUCUUGUCCACGGUGAACCAGAGAGAAACGAUAUGGUUCAAUACUUUGGUGAGCAGCUGAAGGGUUUUGCCUUCACCACCAAUGGUUGGGUCCAAUCUUACGGUUCUCGUUACGUUAGACCACCUGUGGUUGUCGGUGACGUUUCUAGACCUCAUGCCAUGUCUGUCAAGGAGUCUGUUUACGCUCAGUCCAUCACUAAGAAGCCUAUGAAGGGUAUGUUGACUGGUCCUAUCACCGUCUUGAGAUGGUCUUUCCCAAGAAACGACGUUUCCCAAAAGGUUCAAGCUCUGCAAUUGGGUCUUGCUCUGAGAGAUGAAGUUAACGACUUAGAGGCCGCAAGUGUCGAAGUUAUUCAAGUUGACGAGCCAGCUAUUAGAGAAGGUUUGCCAUUGAGAAGCGGUCAAGAAAGAUCUGACUACUUGAAAUACGCUGCUGAAUCUUUCAGAAUUGCUACUUCCGGUGUCAAGAACACUACUCAGAUCCACUCUCACUUCUGUUACUCUGAUUUGGAUCCUAACCAUAUCAAGGCUUUGGACGCUGACGUUGUCUCUAUUGAGUUCUCUAAGAAAGAUGAUCCUAACUACAUUCAAGAGUUCUCUAACUACCCUAACCACAUCGGAUUGGGUUUGUUUGACAUCCACUCUCCAAGAAUUCCUUCCAAGGAGGAGUUCAUUGCCAGAAUUGGUGAGAUUCUUAAGGUGUACCCAGCUGACAAGUUCUGGGUCAACCCUGACUGUGGUUUGAAGACCAGAGGCUGGGAGGAGGUCAGAGCCUCUUUGACUAAUAUGGUUGAAGCUGCUAAGACCUACCGUGAAAAGUACGCUCAGAAUUAA